AUGGAUCAAGCCACACUUGCAAUCUUUCGAAAGUCAAUGCGCCCGUAUUUCCUAAAGACCGCUGUCAUGCUCAGCGGUCUUUUGUCAUUCGCAUCCCUCGGUGCUAAACAAGUAGCACCUCUACCCCUUAUAUCAUUACCAAUAAUACUUCUAGCUGUUAGAUAUUCAAAAAACCUUUAUUAUGAUGUCGCCAUAUUCUGUUUCGUUGCAAUUGGUAUUGCUGGCUCGUAUAAAGUCUAUUCAGAGUCAGCAACAUCUAAUCCACUCGAUGAUUACGCUGCCUUGAUAAUCAUUGGUAGCAUAAUUUCGAUGAUGACGAUAAUUCCGAUUUACCUAGACAAAUCUCUCCGACUUAGGAAAAAAAUAGGAUUCUUUCUUUUCCCAGCGUUAUGGACGUUCAUAUGGGGAGCAUACCGUAAUUUCUCGCCAUUAGGCUCGUGGGGAGACUGGGCGUAUUCGCUGCAGGGCCCCUUCAUGCAAAGUGCGUCGUGGUUUGGCCUCUCUGGUGUCGAUUUUAUAUUGGCAUGGAUGUCGCAAGUCAUUGCGGAGUUCGUUUACGAAACGCCGGACAAAUUCCUUGUUGCGAUAAGCGAGGAUGAUGAAGAAGAAGAAACUCCGCUAAUAAUUCGAAGCGAUAAAUUUUACCGCAAAAAACACAGAAAAUACGCCAUUAUCUCUACGGUAUUUUUUCUUAUUGUAUAUAUUCUUGGAGCUUCGCGAGGGAAUACAAUCGAGCCGAACAGUUCGACCAUACAAUCGUUCGGAGUAUCAUGCGUGUUAGGCAGCACAAAUAUUGAGAAAUCACCAACAGAUCAAAUGCUGCAUGCAACGAAAAAGUACGCUCCACUCGCGAAGAUUGUUCUAUGGUCCGAAUCAGCAUUGCAUAUCGAGUCAACGCAAGAACUAGACGAAUUGGUAGAGAAGGCGAAGGAGAUCGCAUAUAAGCACCACUCGUAUAUAGGACUAUCGUAUACUAUACCAACUACCAAUGGCCUGCGGAAAAACGUGCUGAAUCUAAUUUCACCAAAAAAUGAAAGUAUAUUCGAGUAUGUAAAGACACACCCAGUGCCUUUCGCGGAAUCGCACUCUGUCAUGGCAGGACCCGGCAUUUUGCCACUCGGUGAACUAAAUAUAACGCAAGGGCGUUCUGACGUUGGAAGCAUUACAGUUUCUGGUGCGAUAUGUUUCGAUAUGGACUUCCCCAACCUGAUAUGGCAGGCAUCGGAUGCCAAGUUGAUGCUUUCGCCAGCCCAAACUUGGUCUGCUUCCAUAGGGAUGCAGCACUUCAAGAUGGCUGCGGUACGUGCCAUUGAAAAUGGCUUUUGGAUUUUACGGUGUGACGCUGGAGGCGUGUCAGGAGUCGUUGAUGACUAUGGGCGAUUCCGCCUGUGGGUACCCGCGCCAAAGAAUGGGGUUACAGGAUUUACCUUCGAGUUUCCCUUAUUGGAGGAUAAGAUUCGGACAUGGUAUGCAACCUGGAGAGACUGGCCCAUGUUAGCUUUCGUAAUAGGAAUCCUUGCAUCAAUCGUCGGGCCAGUCUGGGUAGUCCAGACAUUGGACGAUUCGGCGGACCAUAUAAAAAAAUCUAAGAAAAAUGACCGUCAGACGAUUACCAUCCGUGCUCAAUACUGUCGCGAACCACUCCGUUUUUAUGUCAGGCUCCUACAUAAUAAUGCGAUUCUUGCUGUCGACCCUAAUCAUCCACGUCACAAAAUGAAGCCACCAUUUCAUCAUGAACAUCGGAGACGCAAUCAUGGUUGGCCGAAUGAGAUUGGCAAAGUUGAAAUGGACUCGAAGCUGAUAUACGAGAGGAAACUAGGACAUUGGACACUUGUAUGGGUAUACGGAAAGUCUAUCCGCGAGAACCAAGCGGAAGAAAUUCAC